AUGGAGAAGGCGUUCAUAGUGAUGAAGUGUAUAGAAGAAGAAAAGCUCAUGUUUGGGGUGUACAUGCUCAAGGGUUUGGUGAACCAUUGGUAUGCUCCAAAGUUGGUAGAUGAUGAUCAGAGCAGGGCCUGGCACUUUGAGGGAGGCUUACAUGAACAUAUUCAUAGGGGGUUGGUUGCCUUGCACCUGACCAGUUAUACAGAGAUUGAUCUUCGAUCAGGAUACCACCAGUUGAAGAUUAACCCAGAAGAUGUGUCUAAAUCUGCAUUUCACACUUGUUAUGGGCAUUACGAGUUUCUUGUGAUGCCUUUUCGGGUUGAUAAAUACCCUGACGGCUUUUAUGGAUUUGAUGAAUUGAACCUUCCAGCUUUUGCUUGGAUAGGUUCAUGGGUAGCUUUCCUUGGUCAUGUGAUAACCAAGGAUGGGAUUUCUGUUGAUCCAAAGAAGAUAGAGGUAAUUGUUGAGUGGAAGAGGCCUACUGGUCUGACAGAGAUUCGUAGUUUUCUGGGACUAGCUGGUUAUUACAAACGAACCAACAAUGGUUUUGACAAUGUGUUGGUUGUGGUUGACAAAUUGACCAAGUUUGCACAUUUCUUAGCUAUCAAGACUGAGGAGUUUGCACAAGGCUUUGGGGACCAAGUUGACUUUCAAUAUAGCAUUUCACCCAUAAACAGAUGGGCAGUCUGGAGGAUGAUUCAGAUUCUGGAGGAUAUGCUUCGCCCUUGCAUGCUUGACUUUGGCGGUUCUUGGGAUCGACACUUGUCUCUGAUAGAGUUUGCUUAUAACAAUAGCUAUCAUGUAAGUAUUCAGAUGGCUCUCAAUGAGGCUUUAUAUGGUAGGAGAUGCAUAUUACAUAUUUAUUGGGAUGAUGUGGGAGAGAGAAGGUUGUUAGGGCUGAAGAUUGUGCAGUUGACAUUGGAAAAUGUCCGUUUGAUCAGAGAUCAACUGUGA